UUUGCCUAGUCUUGGUUGGUCUGCAGACGGCGGUGGAAACAGACAGCAAGGGGCCGAGGGAACCUGUCUAUUUACUGUCUUUUUUUACAGAUCACAGAGCAAACGAAAGAGAAGGAAGUAGGGCUGAAUUAUUACAUUAUACGUCCGUCACAACCUACCAGGAUGGCGCUUCGGACAUUUGGAAGUCGUCUGGUUUACUUUCACCAGACCUGUGUCAAGACCCUGUCCAGCCAGACACAGGCAUUGUGCAAAUUCAAAAGCACCUGCCCAGUUGAGUUGAGCCACCUGGAUCACCUGGUCCUGACUGUGAAAAGUGUGCCCAACACCAUCAACUUUUACUCCUCAGUGCUUGGCAUGAAGGUCAUAACUUUCAAGGGGGACCGUAAGGCUCUGGGGUUUGGGCAACAGAAGAUUAACCUCCACCAGGUGGGCCGGGAGUUUGAGCCCAAAGCCAAGCAUCCCACUUCAGGUUCCGCAGACCUGUGUCUCAUCACCAAGACCCCACUGGACACAGUUGCUGCACACCUGAAGGACUGUGGGAUAGAGAUAGAGGAGGGUCCAGUGGAGAGGACUGGAGCUGUGGGGGUCAUCACCUCUCUGUACUUCCGGGACCCAGAUGACAAUCUCAUUGAAGUGUCAAGCUAUUAACAGUUGACAUCAGAGGGAUAUCUUUAGCCCUCUAUAUAGUGGUAAAUUUUUAACUCCUCUGGAGAUGAUUUAGUCUUAGCAACAUACCAGUGACUAAUUUUGUCCAGGGGGCCCCUUUGCACAAUUUUGAAAUGACCGCAAUUAGUUUCAGCAACACUUGUUUUAGAUUGAGGUGGAUAACAUCAGCUGGCCAUGCAAAGACCGUACUACUGUGUAAUUCUGCUGACCGGGGUGGCUAUUUUAAUAAUGUGUGUGAAGGAAAGAGUGUUUUCUAUAGAAAUACUCCUAAUUCUUCAUUUGACGUGAAACAUUUUCCAGACCAGAAGUUCAUGUGUUAAUGGAGCUUACAUAGGCAUGCUAUUAAUGAAUAUUUUCACGGUGUGAGAGAGCAGUUAUAUGUAAUGUUUCUUAAUCUGUUGAAAAUCAGAAAUUGUUCUCCCUAAUGGGCCUACUAAUCCUUCAAAUGAAAAUGUCUUGUUUUUUUUUUUUGUUUUUUUUUUUUGUUUUUUUUAUAAUUCUAGCAUUUUGUGACAUUUUGAAUAGCUCUUUAGAUUUUGUUAGCCUAUGCUAUGGGCUCAGAAUAUCUUGUUAGCAUUUUGCUUGUGUCCUGUCAAAAUCAACAUCCAAAGAUUUUA